CCUCUGCGCCUCACUGUGUGGGACAAGGCCGGGGACUCAGCUUUCUUUAGAUUAUGAGAAUCCUCCAGUGCCCAUUGACCACGACUUUCCGAAGAUCUGUCUACUUGAGAGAAUCCUGUCACUCUCCUGAAACCUGACAGCAGAGGGAAGGCAUUCGCUGAUUCAUUCAUUCUGACGUUUCAUUCAUUAUUUUGUUUUCUUUGGUCCAUUCAUUCAUUGCCUUUAUUCAGAUCAGUACGUAGAUGCAGCAGGCACAGUGCUGAAGGCUGCUGUAUUAUUCAUGUGUUCUUUUUAAAAAAUAUCUCACAUCCCCUGACUGAAUUGUCUUUGCUAAUUACUUCCUAACAGUGUUAGAUGACAAAACCUUCAGUUUAAGAAACAAACAAUUUUUUUAGAUCUCUGGAAUCUGGAGAAAACAAAAUUUUAAAAUGUAUUAAUUAUUAUGAAAUCUAAAAGUAAAAAAUUAAAAAUGUGUUUUCUGAAACAGUUCUAAGUUAUCCAUUUUGGUAUAACCUGGGGUGAUCAGUGUUAAUUGUGAAAUAUUCAUUCCAAUAUAUUAAGAUAUUUUCCUGGGGACUAAUUCAAGGAGGAAGAAUGACUACAGCCAGCAGUCCUCAUAAUCCACAGAGCACAGUGGACUUGGGUGCCCAGUAUAUCACCUGCACUCCUCAUUAUGCCAAAAUACACCAAAGUUUUUAUGAUGAAUUGUUAGCCGAUGGCAUUUUGAAGCCUCUGACCUCUCCUAUUGAUGGAAUGGUGAUAAAAGAAGGAGACUGUAACUUUGUAGCACCUCAUGGAGUUUCUUCAAUUGUUAAUCAUUACUUGAAACAAUCAGGUGCUGAUAUCUGCUUCAGACAACGUGUGACCCAGAUCAAUUUGAGAAACAACAAGUGGGAAGUCUCCAGGGAAACGGGCUCUUCUGAGCAGUUUGAUAUCAUUGUCCUCACGAUGCCUGCUCCUCAGAUUCUGCAGCUUCAAGGUGACAUCACCAACUUAAUUAGUGAAUGCCAAAGGCAGCAACUGGAGUCUGUGAGCUACUCCUCUCGCUACGCUCUGGGCCUCUUUUAUGAAGCUGGCACGAAGAUUGAUGUCCCUUGGGCUGGGCGGUACAUCACCAGUAAUCCCUGCAUUCGCUUCAUCUCCAUUGAUAAUAAGAAACGCAAUAUAGAGUCAUCAGAAAUCGGACCUUCCCUUGUGAUUCACACCACUGUCCCAUUUGGAGUUACACACUUGGAACACAGCAUUGAGGAUGUGCAGGAGUUACUCUUCCAGCAGCUGGAAAACAUUUUGCCUGGUUUGCCUCAGCCAGUUGCUACCAAAUGCCAGAAAUGGAGACAUUCACAGGUUACAAAUGCAGCAGCCAACUCACUCGGUCAAAUGACUCUUCAUCUCCAGCCUUUUCUUGUGUGUGGAGGGGAUGGAUUUACUCAGUCCAACUUUGACGGCUGCAUCACUUCUGCCUUAUGUGUUCUGGAAGCUUUAAAGAAUCAUAUAUAGUACUGCCUGUAUUGUUAUUUUUCACAUGUACUUUGGGGGUUUUGUUUUCACAAUUUUCUGUCAUUGAUUAUUUUGUUUUCUAUUUUGUUGAGAGAAAUUACUGGAAAAAUUGUUCUUUACUGAUUGUUAUUUUUCACGUGGAGUAUAAAAUCAAUGUUAUAAUUUCAGUAGUUACAAUUCCUAAAAGAAUGAAAAUUCCUUGUACUUUAUACCUCUCCACUUUUCUGAAUCACCAUAUCUACCCACUCCUAGUUGGAGGCAAAGUAGUGUUUAAGAAAAAACAAAUAGCUCUCCCCCCAAAUUAUGUCAAAUCCAAGUAACAGUUCAUAUUCACUGACCUUUGUUGUCCUUUUGAAAAUUUCGGUCCCAAAUAAAGAAUAAUUAUUAUCAA